UCUCGUUGGCAAUAUCGGAAAGUGGGUGUUGCUUUCGUCACUCGCCCGUUAGCUCGCGAUUACUUGUACUCGGGGUGUCGCGUCAUAUCGUGGAGGGCGGUUACAGAGAAUUGUAGACAGUACACUUGCUGAACCAUCCUCGAGGAGUCAUGUAUUGAUUUUGACUCCAUAGGCUAACACUAGCCUUUGUCAAAAUGAUAGGAGGUUUAUUUGUUUACAAUCAUAAGGGAGAGGUACUGAUCUCCCGAGUGUAUCGAGAUGAUAUUGGCCGGAAUGCAGUGGAUGCAUUUCGCGUCAAUGUCAUCCAUGCACGACAGCAAGUACGUUCGCCAGUAACCAACAUUGCCAGAACAUCAUUUUUCCAUAUAAAGCGUGCUAAUAUUUGGUUAGCUGCUGUCACCAAACAAAAUGUCAAUGCAGCUAUGGUAUUUGAAUUACUAUUGAAGAUCAUAGAUGUUAUGCAGUCAUAUUUUGGCAAGAUAUCAGAAGAGAACAUCAAAAACAAUUUUGUGCUUAUUUAUGAGCUGCUUGAUGAGAUACUUGAUUUUGGAUAUCCACAGAAUUGUGAUACAGGAGUGUUGAAAACGUUUAUCACUCAACAGGGAGUUAAGUCAGCCACCAAGGAGGAACAGGCUCAAAUAACAUCGCAAGUCACUGGUCAGAUUGGAUGGAGACGAGAGGGUAUUAAAUAUAGGCGCAAUGAACUCUUCCUGGAUGUGCUUGAAUAUGUGAAUUUAUUGAUGAGUCCUCAGGGACAGGUUCUUAGUGCACAUGUUGCUGGAAAGGUUGUAAUGAAGUCUUAUUUGUCUGGUAUGCCAGAAUGCAAGUUUGGAAUUAACGACAAGAUUGUUAUGGAAUCUAAGGGCAUGAAAGGAGGCGGUGGCCUCGGUGGCGGUGGCGAUGAUCCAACAGGCGCUAGAUCAGGGAAACCGGUUGUCGUUAUUGAUGACUGCCAAUUUCAUCAGUGUGUUAAGCUUAGCAAAUUUGAGACGGAACAUUCCAUUAGUUUUAUACCACCAGAUGGUGAAUUCGAAUUAAUGAGAUAUCGUACCACGAAAGAUAUAUCGUUGCCUUUCCGUGUAAUACCGUUAGUACGCGAGGUAGGCCGAACGAAGAUGGAAGUUAAGGCAGUUCUGAAAUCGAACUUCAAACCAUCAUUGCUGGGACAGAAAAUAGAAGUACGUGUGCCGACACCAUUGAACACUGCGGGUGUGCAGUUGAUAUGUCUGAAAGGUAAAGCAAAGUAUAAAGCAUCGGAGAACGCAAUUGUAUGGAAGAUCAAGCGUAUGGCUGGCAUGAAGGAGACGCAACUGUCCGCUGAAAUCGAUCUACUAGAGACGGACACAAAGAAGAAGUGGACAAGACCACCGAUAUCGAUGAACUUUGAGGUUCCAUUCGCGCCAUCCGGCUUUAAAGUGCGCUAUUUGAAAGUAUUUGAAUCCAAAUUGAAUUACUCCGAUCACGAUGUGAUCAAAUGGGUCCGCUACAUAGGACGCAGCGGCUUAUACGAGACACGGUGUUAAUAGCGAGUAAUAUCAAGGCAUUAAUAAUUGUAAAGAAGUAAAUCUCAAUGCGGAAAUCGCAACGUGAGUAUUGAUAUUGGAUAUUUCUCGAUAUUAUUUCAUUGUAGCGCAUACUUGAAGCGAAAAAAUCUGAAAAUGUUCGGAUGGCUGAUCCCGAAUUGUACACAAUAUGUAGCGAAAUUACGAACAACGUAUCAGGAAAGGAAUUCCGUUAUGUUAGCACACGAUUUUAAAUAAUAUAAAGAAAUUUUCCUUGUACAUUAUAUAUAUUAGUAAGAAGUUUGUUUAAAUUGUCUUUAUUUGACUAUAUUAAUAUAAUAUGUUAGAAAAAAAUACAUUCUCAAAUACAAAUUAAAAAUAGAUUCUCUUGGGAAUAUUAAAUAGUUAAGGAUUACCUAUACCAAGUAGAUUAUUUUAUUUGUGCCAAUUUUUCAUAUCAUUCAUUUUCUCGCAUUAAUUGAUUUUACAACUUUGUACCGCGCCAUGUAAAGUGGAUUUUAUGAAUCAUAACAAGAUUUUUUAAUGCACAAAAUUUGCUGCUGAAAAUAAUAAUUAAAUAUGAUCAUGAGCUUAUACAUUUUCUUAAACCAUUCUAAACUUUUAUCUGUUCUUGCUUUGUUUUUACUCCAAAGCAAUAAUAAGAAUGGUAAAUAUAUUAUAUUAUUCUUAGAUAAUAAAAAAAUUUUGAUCUGGAAUUAGUACAAUCAGUACGAUGAUCUAUGUUUUUGAAAUAAACAUAUUUAUAGGAUAUAAUGUUAUUAUAUAUAAUGAAUGUUUUUUUUAACAGAUAAUGAAUUUUUGUAUUAUAAUAUGUCGAUAUAUACAUGAAUUUAAUUAAUCAUUUCUUGAUUAAAAUAAUAUAUAUACAUAUAUAUAGAGUUAUAUAGAGUUAUGGCCUCAAUGGGAUACCAGAGAUUGAGCGAAUUUAAACAAAUCUGUAUGCCAAGAUCAUGUUAAGGUUGCGAUGCGCUCAAUGAAAUAUACGAUACUGAUAAUCUGUUAUCUGUGCAUGAGAAUAGAAAGAAGCAUUAAUCGAUUGUACCAACGUAAUUGACUUUGUCUCUAAAAGAACGCUCACAUGCGUAAAUAUAUGUGUAAAAUAAA